UCUAACUAUAUAAGCCAAACACUUGUGCUUUCAGCAGGUAUUUUCUUAGUCGGCUGCUCUUCUUCAGCAACCAGCCAUGAUCCUCCAGACGGCUCUGCUCAGCGUGUUCUUGUGCUCUGCCCACACUUUUGUUAUAGAGGCAUCUUUUGAAAAACAUGUUGAAAACUCCGGAAACAAAGCUGAGGAUGAUGAGUUCAGUAUCUCGACACUGCUGGAGAAGGCUAAUGCUAAUCUUGGAAAGAACUUGGAUGAACCUCUAGUCAUAUUUGGAGACAUAGCAGUGCCAACAGGUCUACAGAACGCUGAUCCGUGUACGGCUCGAGGCUGUUUGUGGCCUAAAAACAACAAUGGCAGAGUCUUUGUACCUUAUCGAAUCUCCGACCAGUACUCCCGCAGAGAACGUGAUGUCAUCGAGCAAGGUCUGAAGUCAUUUGAAGCAGCCACGUGCAUCAGCUUUAGGCCCCAAAGCAGAGAAAGAGACUUUCUGAACAUUCAGUCUCGUGAUGGGUGUUACUCUUUUGUUGGGCGUCGUGGUGGUGGCCAGAUAGUGUCACUGAGUCGCCAGGGCUGUGUUUUCCACCAGAUAGUCCAACACGAGGUGCUCCAUGCCCUGGGCUUCGACCAUGAACAGACUCGUUCAGACAGAGACCAACAUGUACGCAUCUUGCUAGAGAACGUCAUUCCAGGAAUGGAGCAUAACUUUAGGAAAAUCGACACAAGGAACCUUGAUACUUCCUAUGAUUACAACUCUGUUAUGCACUAUGGAAGGUUUGCCUUCUCAAAAAACAGGGAGCCAACCAUCAUCCCCAUACCCAAUGAGAAUGUAGCCAUUGGCAGAGCUACAGAGAUGAGUGGCAAUGACAUCCUUCGAGUGAAUCGCCUUUAUAACUGCAGCUCGAAUGUGCCCAAACCUGUGCAAAGAAACAAGUUGUUCUAGAAAAAGUAAAAAACCAAGAGAUGGGAGAGACUGAUGCAGCUUGAAUUUUAUGCUUUUUGAUUUGUUUUAAACAAAUUUGCCUAAAAUAGCUUUUUUAAAAUGAGAAAUGAAAAUGUAUCAUUGUCUAUACUUUUCACCUGUCCAUUGACAUAAUCCCAAUCACAUUUGUGUAAUUGCUAGUCAGCUCUAUGAAAUACUAAAAAAUGCAGAAAAAAAUAAACAUUCAUUUUAA